GAUGCUUGUCUGUGAGCUGAGGCAGUUCUGGCUGGCAGAGCAGUCUGGAGGCGGUCCAGGGUGCUGUGGAGGCAGGAGACUCUCCAGGUUUGAAACAAAGACCUCGUGGGCAGCUCCCCUGAGCCCAGGCCGACAGGAUGGUGGUGUAGUCCGAGUGAGGCCACAGGCAGGAUGGCUGCUGCUGAGAGGAGCCCCCUGUGACUUGGACCACCAGCUGCAGCUCUGUCUCUUGAAGAUGAAGUGGCCCAGGUGAAGCUAGGCCAGGCCCCAUGGCCAGCUCAGGGACAGAAGCACACUGGGCUGGGCCAAGCCUGGGGCAAGAACCCCGGAGGCAGCGCUGGGCUUGGGCUGAGGAAAAAGACGCAGAGGGAGGCAGUGACCAGGGCUGGGGAAACAAGCCGUCCCUUCCUAAAGCCCCCAGCCCUGAGCUUCUGGAAGACUUCCGCCGAGCACAGGAGCACCCGCCACCCCUGGAGUGGGCCCCAGACACGCAGGAAUCUGAAGAGUCUUCUGGAGAAGAGACUGAAGCUGAGGAUGUGAGCAGCCCAGAGGAUUCCACUUUGCCUCCUCCCUGGCUCUCCAAACACAAUCAGCAGCUGGACCUGUCUGAAGAGGAACUGUAUGAGGACCCUAAAAGACCUGAGGCGGAGUUAUCUGAAGAGAGUUGCUCGGAGCUGGAGUGUGAAGACCCAGGAGAUUCCAGCCCUGUGGCUCCAGAGCAGGGGCCAGCUGGAGGCUGGGAGGCUUCUAUCAAGCAAGGCAGUAAACACAGACCUUCUGAGCACCCCACAGCCCAUCCGUCUGUUGAACACAGCCAUGUAAAGUCCUGGAGCAGUGGGACUGUGAGUCUCGGUCAGCCUAGUGACAGCCUUGAUUCUACCUGGGAAGGAGACACUGAUGUCCCCCAACCUGACCUGCUGGCCAAAGCCCCGUCACCAAGUCCAUGCCAUAACCUCCCUCAGCCAGAUGACAGGAAUGAAGAUGGCGUUGCUCUGGCAACACCCACGGAAUUCCAGGACUCCUUAGCAGCACUGGCCCGGAAUCCUCCGUGCUCUGCAGGCACAUGGGGGCGAGAAACCACCAGCCUGCCCAGCCCUCGGCCUGAGGACCGAACCUGGAAGAGAACUAAGACCUCACCGAAGGCACUGCCCUCCCGAUUUACUGGCUCUAUGAGCCCCCCGAGUGCUCGGCGUGGGGCAGUAAAGAAAACUGUGUCACAGCACAGUCAGGGAGUCACUCUGACUGACCACUCUUCCUCAGAUGCCCCCAAGUAUGGCCGGGGGCGCCUGAACUACCCACUCCCUGACUUCUCCAAGGUGGGACCCCGGGUGAAGUUUCCCAGAGAUGAGAACUACCGACCCCCCAAGUCCAGAAACAAGAACAGGCAACAAGGUCCUACCAGACCCCUAAUCUUCAAGUCACCAGCUGAAAUUGUUCGAGAUGUACUGAUGAGCAGUGGAGACAGAUCCCUGGCCAAUGACCCUUCUCUUGCCCACUCCAUCACCAGGGUGCCCCAGGAGUUCCAGACACCCGAACAAGCCACUGAGCUGGUUCAUCAGCUGCAGGAGGACUAUCACAAGCUCCUUACCAAGUACGCGGAGGCUGAGAACACUAUCGAUCAGCUUCGCCUCGGGGCCAAGGUACACCUGUAUUCAGACCCGCCUCAGCCCAGUCAGAGCAUCUGCUCUGGGUCGAUGUCACAAGGAAGCAAGGUCUUGUCCUUCUCUAUCCCACAACCCAGAUCAGCAGAAUGGGGGCCUGGGCCUGCGCAGAACCCACAGGCCUCUGAGGCCACAGGGUGGCAGUCUCCACGAGCAGACCUGAGUCCUUCCUCGUCCCCCAGCAUGGCCACUCCAGGGUGGCUUCCUCGGAAUCAGGGCAUUGUCACAGACCAGCCUGCCACAGGACAGGGCCAGGCACUGACCUCUCAGGCCAGCCGGCUCCUAGCAAAGGUGGAAUCCUUCAAGGAACUGGUACUGGCCGGACAUCUCCCACCCCAGGACCAAAUCAAGAGCUUGGAGCAGCUGCGGGCAGCCCAUGCGGCCCUUGAGGCAGACUACCUUCAGGCCUGCAGAGAGCGGCACCCGAACCCAAAGCUUAACACCUCCAGGGGUAGUCCCAGGACCCUCAAUCUCUGCAGGGAACUAGAGGCAGAGAUAUGCCAGCUGGGACGGCACCUGGAAGAGCUGCAGAACCAUAUGGACCAGACCCAAAGAGAGCCCAAAUCAUGUAGGCCAGACCUGCAGGCCUGCACUCCCACCAUGCCCUUCCCGUCCUGGCCAGCUCAUCUCCCCAUGCCUUCAGGACCAGUCUCCUUGCCAGCUGUCCACACCAACCAUGAGCCUGCCACCACUGCCACCUCCCCAGGGAGCUCUUCCAUACUCCCCAUGAACAAGGAGGUGAACCUGGGCAGCAUCACGGCAGAAGAAAGUUCGAGGGACCUCCCAACACCACUCAGGGACAGGGAGUUUCACAUGGAGCAGGACUUCCAUGGCCUUCUGGAGCGAUACCUCAGUGUGAAGUCCGUCCCAGAAGCCUUGCAGGUGGAAGAUGAGGAGGACCUGGAGGAGGAGGAGCAGGAUGACCACGGUACCUUGGAAGCUGAUAGUUCAGCCAGAGCUUCAAAGAAAGCAGAAGCCACAAGGGUACCAGCAGAACAACGCCCAGCUCAGGCUGAAGAAGGCCAUAGGGCUGCCGUCCAGGAGGAAGAGGGACAGGUAGUAUCCAUGAAGCCACCAAGCUUCCAGACAUCCAUGACCCGAGACAGGUAUACUCCAGGCAUGGAUCCAGCUGAAGGGUCUCCACGGGGCACCAGACCCGGAGCAUCACACCAGAGCAGUCUAACCAGCCUGGAGGAGUGCGGACCCACAGAGCGCCUUCCUCGGAAAGCUCUGCCUCGGGCUGGCGGCUCCCACACUGAGGAACCCUGGAUGGUGUCACCAGAGACAGACAGUGGCUUCGUGGGCUCGGAAACCAGCAUAGUGUCCCCCUUCACCCAGACCCCAGAGCACCGGCUCUCCCAUAUCGGCACUCCAGGGACAUCAGCCCAGCACCUCACUGCCUCUGUGCCUGGUGAUGGAGCCUCCCGUUUCAAGGCCAGGGGUUCUGUGGUUCCCCGAAGAUCCCCAGAGACCGAGCCUGGCACACCCAGAAGCCGAACCCAGCAGCAUAUCUCCAGCCUGAACAGCUCUCUCCAGCAAGGAGCACACAGCUACCAGCAGGAACAAGCACCCGCAGCUAAAAUGCGACUUCCCAGGUCUGAGUUCAAGAGACAGAAGCAGAUUUCCAAACAGCAACUUCGUAGUGGGGCAACCAGCCCAGCCUCUGCUCCAGCCCUCACAGCUGCUUCUGUGCCCCACGGAGCAGCCGCGAGCACUGCCAACCUCCUCCUCACCAGGACAGAGCGCGACCAGGCCAUCAGGGAUCUCCAGGCAGAGGUGUCCCGGCUCCGCCUACAGUUGGAGGACAGCCUGCAUAGGCCACACCCAGGCAACCCAGCUCCCUUAGCUUCUGCUUUCAACCACUCCGCCCAGACCCAGGACAAGCUGGUGGAUUCCUCUCCCUCCUGGGGCUCCCGCUAUGGCAGUAAAUCCACAGAGAGGUUGUCUGCUGAGCCCAAUGGUACAGAACCAGGUGGGCCGACAGGAAGACGGCGAGCCAGGUCCUCCUCUGUGCCUCGGGAUGUGCCCAGACUGUUCCUGAGCUCAGAAUUUAAAUCGCUGUCCCCUGGGUUGUCAUCUGAGAAGAGCAGGACCUCUGAGGAGUCUCCCCAGGCUGCACAGGAGGGGACAAGAUCAGUAGGAAGCAUGAGGCAGAAGGAAAGAGUCUCCUUCCGGGGCCAAUACACAGGUGAGCCUUGUGCACGCUUGGCACGUGUCAACCACGGAGCCCCGCCCUCGGCCCUUGGUUUAUUUUUAGCUUGUUUACACCGUGAGCUGCUAGCAUGUGGCCGGUGCCUACUUACACCGUCCUGGUCUCUGUUUGUGUUGUCCUCUGACAUCCAGCCUUUCCAGACAUCUCUCUCUUCGCUUCCAGGCAGUGCUGCCUCUAGAGAGCCGCCGGAACCAUCCACAGUUGAUGCCCUCCGCUGUCCUCUGUGUGGUACAGUCAGGUCCACUGCAGAAGUAGAUGGCCCCAGCUCAGCCUGCUCUAAGAAGGACACCCCAAGGAAAACUGCAUCUUCCACCCCCAGUCCCAAGCUGAAGAACAGGCAGUUGGGCUCACCUGUACAACCGCUUCCCGGACUCUGGUACCUGGCUGCUGCACCCUCAGCCCCAACCCCACCAGCCUUGGCCUACAUCUCCUCAGCCCCCAUCAUGCCGUACCCACCACCCACUGUAUACUAUGCAACCCCAGCACCUACCUCAGCCCGGUCAGCCUCCCCGCCUGCCCAGGGACGUCGGGGAAUCUGGCACUCUGUCCACCUGGGUCUGAAUGACCUGGAAGAGCUUCAGGAAGCACUCAACGAGGCGGCGCAGGCUGCUGAGAAUGUGCGCGCCACCACCCGGCAGCUGAGCAGGUCCCUGUCUGCGGACCUGCGCCACGCCAGUAGCCUGUGAGGCUCUUGCCUCUUCUGACUCCCUGGAGACUCCAACCGAGGAGGCAGGCAACCUCUGUUGCCCCCUAGUCAAGUCUCCUGGAGCCAUUGAUGGCUGGAAAACGCCAUGCCCCCUCCCCAGGAGCGCCACCAGCCUGCUCCACGUAGCAUGUUUAAAAUGGAGAGACAUUAGCCUGGGCAGUAGUGGAUGGAAAUCCAGGGACCAGCUCUAACAGGUGUAGUGAUCAGGCUACCUCUGUCCAGGCAGAGCCUCUGAGACUCGUUACCAUCCCUUCUGCCCAUGCCCACCUAACAACGUGGAUCUUACAGGACAGAAUGUCUUUACACUGGGGAGCUACCUUGAGCUUGGAUCCUUCUCAGAAGGUCAGCGAGGACAAGGAAAGCCUAGGGUCGCUGCAGUGUUCCUGUCCCUGCCUGUAAUCGCCACGCUGAGGCAGGGAGACCCUGGCUAGGGAUAUUCAUCCUAAGUAGCCUGUGGACAGAGAGUACUUGGGGACCUGUGGAAUGUCUUGGGAUAGAGGCCUCUGGUGACACAUGUCCAGAUCUUCUGUGAUUACAGAAGUUUCCUCCAUGAGCCCACAAAGCAGAGGCUACCCAUGUAGGGCCAGAAACAGUCGCCAGCCUCAGACCUUCCCGCGACCUGCCAGGCCCUGGCUGAGGCUGAGAAACCUUCCCCAUCCCAUAACAGGGUGAUCUUAGCAUUUCUGAAAUGUGUGUUUUUCACAGAUUGUUUAUAUAUUUGAGGCAUUUAAAAAUCUAUUUUCGUUAUUAAAGCAAAUGAAGGAAAAUGAAUAAUGGUCUUAAGAAAGGGAAAAGAAAUUCCCAAA